CCUAUCCAGUGUUGUCGUCAGUCUUUGGUGGUCCAAUUGUUGUUCAAUGACCAAGACUUUGUCCUCGUCAUAGUUGCAGCUCCGUUGGCAGCAGCUUGUCAGGAUCCCUCGAGCGUUUGGUCACCAACGCUGCAUCGCAUCGCACCCGCACCGCACCCGCAGCGCAUUUUGCCCCAUUCCAAUCCAACCACUUUUGAUACAAGGCCACUGUUCCCAUACCCUUCCUCGCUCAGCACACCUAUACUCCCUUCCUCGUCACAAUAUGAACUACCUUCACCACACAUACGCCUCCUAUGGCAUCCCUCUGGAUCAACCGGUUGCCUUCGACCCGACAAUGACGCAUCCGUCCAUGAUGCACCCCAUGGAUGGCUACCUCUACGCACACCCUCCUUUCGACAUGGUCGACUUCUAUCACCAGCCUAUCAUGGACUAUGACGAGUAUGCAGAGAACCUCUCGCGUCCGAGGUUGACCAAAGAGCAGGUGGAGACUUUGGAAGCACAGUUCCAGGCCCACCCCAAGCCCAGCAGCAACGUCAAGCGUCAAUUGGCAGCGCAGACGAAUCUCAGUCUCCCCCGUGUUGCGAACUGGUUCCAGAACCGUCGAGCAAAGGCGAAGCAACAGAAGCGACAGGAAGAAUUCGAGAGAAUGCAAAAAGCCAAGGCAGAGGCCGAAGAGGCUGCUCGAGGGAAGUCAGAUAACACGGAGAACUCAUCCGAAGCAAACCAAGAAUCGAAGACAACGAGCGACGAGGCACAUGAGGAAACCCCUAAGCCCUCGACUGAGAAGCCCACUGAGCGGACAAAGACAACAUCUUCAUCUUCGCGGUCCAAGCACCAGAAGACAAGAAGUGAGUCGGCCCGAGAGGCGACUUUUGCUUCUCUGCAAAGAGCAUUGAACGCUGCUGUCGCGGCGCGGGAUCGGUACAGCCAGGACGGUGAUAACAGUCAUCCAGCUAGCUUGGAUGGAUCGGUGUCCCCGACCACGACCUUCGCCGCUAACCCUCGAAGCGGUAGUCACGAUGAACACAGAGCUGACUCGAGCGACUUGAGUUCUUCGUAUGCACAGACCACGCUUCCCUGGGAGCCGGCCCAAACCUCCUUGGAGUACGUGACGGCAGGGAGCGAGUCGCUAACGAUUCCUACUCUGGAGACCCCGCACGGUAUGUCAUUCCACGCCAACCACCCUGAAGACUGGGCCAGUCAUAUGCAUUCGUCGGCCAAGCCACUUUCCGGGUACCGGUCAGCGAGCGACGCAGAGGCUUCGUACAAUACAAUUCAUUAUCCCAUGCAUCAAGAUCUGGAGCUGUCUCGACGGGGCUCGUCUGAUGAGCUUGCCGAUAGCUUGGAGGGUAUUGGGAUCAACACCCCGCAAGGGCUUGUCCACGGAGCCGAUCGAGCGUCCUGGAAAGAGGCAGGCAAGGAACUGGACCUGGCUGCUCGCAGAAAGCGCCCGAGGCCUGCUGCGAUCGGCACAUCAAGAUCUGGGUCGAUGCUCUCGAGCCCGUCGGCGCUGUCACCGACGGGGAGACUUCCCGGUUAUGGUAGCAUGAGACAUUCAAAGUCGGCGCAAGGACUCAACUCCCGCUACGCAGGAGUGCGAAAGGCGUCGGCCGCACAACGCUCUCCUCUUAACCUCUCGACAUUUGCUGAGGCGGGAACUGUCAAUCAUAAAGCGGAAAUGUCAUCGCUGUUGCAACCUACGGUAACAGCGGGUGGAUUGGCACCACCUACACCCCUGACUCCGGAAGAUUUGCAUCACUUGCUCCCCAACACCCCAAGUGAUGGAGGCUACUGUCUGUCGGCACAACCCACCAGUCACCUGUUCCCUACAACACAACCGAUGCAGAUCAACAUCGCCUCACCUCCGGCCACGCCGUUGGCAGUGGACAUGCUGUCUGGAUUUUCGUAUCACGGCGGCGCUCCGCCAAUGUCGGCCCCAGCUCACUACAACUCUUUCCCCGACUACACCGCAGGUGAAACUUCGAUGACAGGCAGGAGCUGGCCCGAUGCGGCCUCUAUGUCAUCCCCUGAAGCUUGUUUCCAGAGCCCCUGUCAAGUGACAUCGCAGCCGGAUAUGGCGUCGAUGUCGUACGACAACAGUUGUGAGCAUAUUCCCGUGACGGAAUCCCCGUCUCUGGUAUACACGACCACCGAAGUGGACAUGCCCAUGUCAGCUGCGCUAGGUGGCGACUCGAAGCCUGCGGAAUUCAUCUAUGAGUUUCCCGAGCAGCAGGAGGCCCAACGAUAUGGCGCACAACAGCUUCCGUCGCAGAAACCGGAGGCAUACACAUUCGCCAACAACAAAACCCCCAAUGACUUCUGAUUCUUUGUUCUGUUGCGAAAGAAGUCAAGAUGCCUUGGAAACUUCAUUUGUGUGCGAAGAAAUAAUACCCCGUUGUUUCAGCC